GUUGAUGACGCCAUUGGGCGGCGCCGGCAACUCCUGGCAGGCGGUGGUGGCGGCGGCACAGGGAGCCGGAGCGAGGCCCCGCUCUCCGCGGGGGGCACCAUCUUCAGACCAUUUAGGUUCCUGCUCUCCCCCUCUUCAUUGGGAGACUGCUCCAGGAUCUCACUCAUCCUAUGGUUAGAAACCUCUGAAUUUCCAGCAUACAUUCAGAGAUUCCAAGACCAGGACUUGCCAGUAUGAUCAUCUAGUCUGACCACCUGCAUAACGCAGUCCAGAGACCUUCCCUGCACUAAUUCCUGGAGCAGAUUUGUUAGAGAAACAUUGGACCUUGAUUUAAAUGUUGUCGGUGAUGGACAAUCCACCAGGACUUUUGGCACAUCGGAGCCAUGAAGGAAAACAUCCAGGCUAAGAAGAUGUGGGGUCCAAACCAUGGGCUCUGUGAGCCCCCCAAGCGAGAGAGGCUGCACCUGGCAUCCCAGGACUGGGAGGAGCCUGAACCCCCAACCCCCAAGCAUGGCGGCUGCUUUGAAGGUGGGCGGCGGCUGGCCUACACCAAAGAGCAACCCCCGGGCUUUGACAGCGAGGAAGAGGAUGGCGACACUGAUGACUGGGACUUGCCUCGCAUGUCGGGCUGGGCCCGGAGCAAAACCACGGGAGAGAAGGUGGCCAGGAGCAGAGGCCCGGACUGGCCCUUUCCCAGUGGGGCUGAGGGGCGGCUGCUGCCCCUGGCGGCCACCAGACGGCGCUGUCAGUUGCGUCGGCGCCAGCGAGCCCGGCGGGCCUUCCGCAUGCUGCUGUAUUCCAAAUGCUCCUCUCUGGCCUUUCCCUGGAAGCUGUGGGGCAAGCUGAGCGGACGCUCCUCCUUUUCCCUCUCCCCUGGCUCACAGCCUGACUACGACCUGAAAAGCUGCCCUCUGGAGGAGGAGGACUGCCAAGGCAGGGGCAAGCUGGGGCCCCGCCCCUUGCACUUCCAGCCCCGCUCCUCACCCCGACUGAACUACCACCUGGGCGGGGCCUUUGCCCCCUCACCCCCCCGGCUCAGUCUGCUGGGGGCGCUCAUGGGUGAAGAGCCUGGUACCACCUCAUACCCACAGUACACCCAGCUGCAGCGGGUGGCCUUUGAGAAGGAAGCUGGCAUGGAGGUGCCAGGGGAGGAUGGCGCUCGGCUCCCAGCUGAGCUGUCAUCCCCUGGGAGCAGGAGAGAGGCACAGCCGAUGCUGGACAUGGAUCCAGGCCCUGCAAGUGCCCUACCCAAUGGCUUUGCUUCCCUGGCUCCCGAUGGCGACCUCGGAGCCUUGGCCGCUGCCUCCUCAGACCCUAGCAUCGUCAUCAGUAACGUCUGCAGCAUUGGUGGGGCCCACAUGGUCGAGGAGUUCUUCCGGACCCCCCGGGACAAGGAUGGGCCCGGAGUCCCCCAGAGAGAGGCGAUCCCAGGAGAGAAGGCAGCUCAACACAGCCCGUUGCGGGAGGAACAUGUCACUUUUGUACAGAGCAUUCUAGAUGAGUUCCUUCAGGCCUAUGGCAGUCUCAUCCCCGUCAGCACAGACGAGGUGGUGGAGAAGCUAGAAGACAUUUUCCAGCAGGAGUUCUCCACACCACAGAGGUACCCGAGAGGGAUUAUCUCCUCCCUAAUCCAGUCAUACCAGCGUAUGCCAGGCAAUGCCAUGGUGAGGGGCUUCCGGGUGAAUUAUAAGCGCCACGUGCUGACCAUGGACGACCUCCAGACGCUCUAUGGCCCCAACUGGCUAAAUGACCAGGUCAUGAACAUGUACGGGGACCUUGUCAUGGAUACAGUGCCAGAGAAGGUCCAUUUCUUCAACAGUUUUUUCUACGAUAAGCUACGAACCAAGGGGUACGAGGGGGUGAAACGUUGGACCAAAAAUGUGGAUAUCUUCAAUAAGGAGCUACUGCUCAUCCCCAUUCACCUGGAGGUGCACUGGUCCCUCAUUUCUGUGGACGUGAAGCAGAAGAGCAUCACCUACUUUGACUCGCAGCGAACACUCAACCGCCGCUGUCCCAAGCACAUCUGUAGGUACCUCCAGGCCGAAGCAGACAAGAAGGAUCGGCCAGACUUCAGAGACGGCUGGAAGGGCUCCUUUAAGAUGAACGUGGCCAGGCAGAAUAACGACAGCGACUGUGGAGCCUUUGUCCUGCAGUACUGCAAGUUUCUGGCGCUGGGCCGGGCAUUCACCUUCACCCAGCAGGACAUGCCGAAGUUGCGGCGGCAGAUGUACAAGGAGCUUUGUCACUGCAAACUCAGCGUGUGAGACGCCCUCCCUCCCCACACACCUCUUCCCUUCCGGAUUGACACACAGACACAGUCUCCCCCCCCUUGCCCAUGGGGGGGGCUCCCUGAACCCCAGAAGGAUGGGCGGGGGUAUGGGCACCAACUCUGUAGCAUUGGAACUCUUCAAACUUGGGGGGGGGAGGACAGCUAAUCCCCCUCCCUCAACCAGACUUUUGGGAGACUUUUUUUACUUUUAGGGGGGUGGCCCCACUCCUGGUUCUAUAUUUUUUUCAUAUUUAAACCCAGUUUCCCUUGUUACAUUUUGGGGGUAGGUUGGUCAUGAUAAAUACACCCUCUACACCUGAAUUUUGGGGACACUCCGGCUUUGGGGGGGAGGUUGGGGGAGGGAACCAUUUCUACCCAAAGCGGGUGGGGGAGGGGCAGGGAGAUGACAAUCUCUACCUCCACCCUUUUUUCUCCUGUUGGUUAUUUGUGUUAGUGAAGUUGUACGUUGGGGGGUGGGGGGACACAAGUUUAUACACUGGGUUGUGAGAGGAGAAACAAACAUUUUUUUAUAUAUAUAUAUAUUAUGCGAUGGCAAAUUGUUCUGGGCAAUAAACUUCAUUUCUUUGGAGAACCCCCCUGCCUUGAAA